AUGCACCAAUCAGAAAUCCGUUUGUUACUUCUUGAAGCCGUGCCGUCUCUUCUCUCUCGAGAAUACGAUUAUGCACGGGUCACAGCGAGACUGCCCAGUCGCGUUGACAAGGGAAGGGUAGCAAAGGGAAGUUCACGUGUUCACCCUUGGGACUUCUUGCAACCGUCGCGUCGUCUUGCGCGCCUUCGAAAAUAUCGUGGCAGAAGGGAGAGAGAGAAAAUCAAGAGCUUCAGUCCGAGUCGAUCCUAUGGACCAGGCGGACGUAUAGUCGGAGGAUCGGACACAAGCAUAACUAAUUACCCUUACCAGGUGUCGGUGCAAUAUGAAGGAUCUCAUUCAUGUGGAGGAUCCAUCAUUAGUGCCGAAUUUAUUUUGACUGCUGCCCAUUGUUUUUACGACCGCGACGCCGCGUACUCGGUGCGCGUGGGGUCGAGCGUGCGCGACGCGGGCGGCGCGGUGUUGGACGUGGCCGAGCGCCUCAUCCACCCGCUGUACGAAUACGGCGGCGGCAGCGAGGACUACGACGUGGCGCUGCUGCGCCUGCGCGCGCCCAUCGCGUUCUCGGCGGCGGCGCAGCCCGUGGCGCUGGCGGCGCGGGACGAGGAGGUGCGCGCCGGCACGCCGGCCGUCGUCACCGGAUGGGGGCUGCUAAAGUCGGGUGGUUCGUUAGCCACAGUCCUGCAGGAAGUGGAGGUGCCUGUGGUCAGCCCCGAGGACUGCAACAACGUGUACUGGGGAUCUAUCACCCCCAGGAUGCUGUGCGCGGGCUACCCGGAGGGGGGCCGUGACGCUUGCUCGGAUUUGAGAAUUUUUCUAAGAGCGACUCUGGUGGUCCGUUGGUGGCGAAUGGGAAGCAGAUCGGAAUCGUGUCGUGGGGUUCAGGCUGUGCUCUUCCGAACGUCCCCGGAGUGUAUGCGAACGUGGCCGCGCUACGCGAAUGGAUCUUCCAGAACUCCGGUGUUUGACAACGACCACACUAGCUUCCCCGUGGGUCACGGUAUGGAUUCACCUGCUGAUGCUUUUUCUCCUCGGUAUAUAAUAAACCACUUUUCCUAGAUAUUAUGAAUUGUUUACUUAUUCAUUUUUCAUUUCGUUACAGAUUUGUAAAUAAAAUCAUUUUACAAUGUAUUGUUUGUCAGAUAUUGACUUCAAUCAUCAACCUGAAAAAUGUUAAUUGAGAGUGUCGAAAAUGCUAUUUGUUUGUUUUGGUUUAUAAGAAAAGCUUAGAAUGUUCUCGGUGGUUUCCGCAGAAAUUAUGAAACUCCAUAAUUGUAAUACAGCGGGUGGAAAAAGAAAUGAUCUUCCACAAACAGAAUGUAUUAAUUAACUGUACAGUCAGUUACAGCAAUAAACAUACAAACAUGUUUCGAGGUAUUUUACCUCAUCUUCAGUGUCUCCAACAGAUUAUUAAGGAAUACCAUAAAAUGUAAAACAUAAAAUUGUAAAACUAAUAAAGAACACAACCAUUAUUAAAAAACGUA